GCAAUGCAUUUGAUAUGUUCAUCGCGUCAGAGCUUCGACAAUUCGUUUAAAUUAAAAGUAAAACUGCGUUACGAAUUUCGGAGAACUUUUGGUAGAAACGAGAGAGCGACAGAAGCAUUACAAGAUGAGAACCGCAAACUAAGAGAAUGAACGUCUCUUCCUCUUAAAGUCAGGGACUAGGACAGUCAUGGCUAUUCUAAUCGCGCCGACAGUUGACUUAAACGGGUCAUCGGGGCUACGGCUAACGAAUCGUUCAGGAAGAGAUCGGCGACGCGAGAAAAGAAGCGAUCCGCCAUCUGGACCGCCGAUGAUCUUAUUAGCUGCCGUCACGUUAUAAGCGUGCGUUACGACACAAGGAACGAACGUAUUGCGUACGUGUUGCGUGAUCAGUAAGCCCGCGGAAUCGUGUGCGAAAUGUGCGCGAUUUUUUUUUCCUCGUUAUAACGAAAGAGUAACCCGAGAAAGGUGCGAUUAAACUGUGAGUGCUCGUCGAAACUCUCCUUGCUUUAAAAUAUCGCGUACAAUAUCAGACGAUGGCUCGUAUGCGACGACACGUCGGAUGCAGGUUGUGCAAAUUGUGAUUUAACUUUGGCAAUCGAUAACGUGAAAGCUUUCCAGAACGCAAGAACAAUGAGAUUGCAACUGCAACGAGUGGGAAUCGCGUUUAGCUUCAUAGUGCUGUUAUCUGUAUUCGAAUUUUGCACGAGCAACAAUAGUACCUGGAGCCGCGGCAAGAAGACGCGCAUAGUUAGGAAGCUGAGAAAGGACUUUCGAAAGCUGAAGAAGCAAGAGGGAGCGUUGAAGCUGAUAGGCGGCGAGAAUGGCGAGCAUGAAGGAAACGUGGAAAUACUUCACGACGGGAAGUGGGGCAGUAUAUGCGACGACGAAUGGGACGACUUCGAGGCCAAUGUGGUUUGCAAGCAAUUAGGCUUUAACGGUGCAAUUAAAGCAACAACAUACGGCCACUUCGGCCAGGCCAGAAGAAGAUACUGGAUGGAUAACGUUUACUGCGACGGAUCGGAGACCGAACUCGCGAAAUGUCGUUUCGACGGAUGGGGCAUUUCCGACUGCGGUAGCAAUGAAGCUGCCGGCGUCAUUUGCUCGCGCGACGAGGAGACGAGAGCAUCGUCGCCAGUCCCGCAAGAGAAGCCGCCGAAGGCCAGAAUAAAGAACACGUAUUCACAAGGCUCGGCUCUACGAUUAUCCGGAGGGCGCGCACAUUCCGAGGGCCGGGUGGAAAUUAAAUUGGGCAGCGCAGAUUGGGGUGUCAUCUGUGGCGACAGUUGGUCCAUUCUCGAAGCCGCCGUGGUUUGCCGUCAAUUAGGCCUCGGUUACGCCUCUGGCGCGGUACAGACUAAUUUCUUUGGCAAUGGGGAAAACGCGAUAACAAUCAGCGGGGUACAGUGCAAUGGAAACGAAGGAAAUCUGGCGGAAUGCCUGCAUGACGAGGUUACAGAUUGCCCAGGGACAGCGGAGAACAUAGCAGGGGUAGUGUGUCAUCGGGAGAUGGCCGAUCUCGUGUUCGAUCACAUCGAGCUGAUGCGCACGGCGCAUUUGGAGGAUCGCCAGCUCUACUGGCUGCAAUGCGCGAUGGAGGAGAAUUGUGUAGCCUCGCAGGCCUACAAGGUGCAACGCGAGUCCGAAAAUUGGCACCUGGAGACGAGACGACUGUUGCGCUUCACCGCGAGAAUCUUGAACGCGGGUACCGCGGAUUUCCGUCCGUCUGUGCCUAAACAUCUAUGGGAAUGGCACAUGUGUCACAUGCAUUAUCACUCGAUGGAAGUAUUCGCCACUUUCGAUGUAAUCGAUUCGGGCGGCAAUAAAGUCGCCGAAGGCCACAAAGCGUCCUUCUGUCUCGAGGACAAUCAAUGUAUGCCCGAUGUCCAACCCAGAUACAAAUGCGCCAAUUACGGAGACCAAGGUAUUUCCGUUAAUUGCAGUGACAUUUACAAGCAUAAUAUCGACUGCCAGUGGGUGGACAUUUCCGAGCUCCAGCCGGGACACUAUACGCUCAAGGUCUCGGUGAACCCCGAAUUCAAAGUUGGUGAAAUGUCAUUCGAUAACAACGCGGCGAUCUGCCGUCUGCUUUAUACGGAAACUUUUGCAACUGUCCACAGCUGCAUAAUGGGACGUCCUUGACACGAUGCGCACACGAUUGCGGGGAUUUUUCUAGAUAGGGACAAUCUACGGGGUAAGAGAUUCAUGUCGGACGCGUUGGCGUUGACCGGACGUAACGGACGAGAGGCGACACACAUUGCGAACUUGCGAUGUGUAGCCUCGCGAAUAAAUUUCACAAUUCAGAACUUCAAGAGGUGCAUUACGAGAUUAAAAAGUGGCAAUCGUUAAAAUAAAAUGAAAAAAAAGUCAAUACGUCAUUUUUAAAUUGUCUAUAGAAGUCGAGAGAUAUUUAGAUAUGUCCGUAAUAUAUAUAUUGUCAAAAUCUCGUAGGUAUUUCUAACAAAAUUAGACAUUCAGGGAAAAGCUGAUGUAAAAAGUAAAGACAAUUUUGAGAUAAGGUGGUUCAACUUUAAUUUUCUAAAAUGCUAUAACCCUACUUACUUACGCAGAUUCGAAUUUGAAACCGUAUUUUAUCGUGUAUGUUAAUUUAAUACAUAUUUUAUAUUAUAUGCUUAAAUUAUAGUACUUUAUAAAAAAAAUAUAUUGAGAAUUAUAUAAAGAUUUAAGAGCA